ACGUGUUAGCAUGUUCGCAAUCGCAUUCGCAGUGGUUUUGUGCCUUUUGGUCUCGGUGGAUGCCAAAUUCCCCGAAGAUCCAAAACCUUGUAAGUAUGGUGAUGGCGAAUGUAUCAUGAAGCUGUGCAACACCCUGUUCAGCGAAAACUCGGCGGAGGGGGAUCCUGGUCUGAACCUGAUGCAGCUGGAUCCGUUGAAGGUGGAUCGGAUGGUUAUUAGCCAGGGUGAGAGCUCCAGUCCCGUGGGCAUAACUCUAACCUUCACCGACAAUCUGUUGUAUGGGAUCAAGGACCAAAGGAUCGUCAAAGUAAAGGGUUUCGGAAGGGAUCUCACCGCCAAGCACGAAGUGAAAAUUGUCACGAAAACCUUCUCACUCGUUGGACCCUAUAACAUCCAGGGCAAGGUACUCAUUCUACCGAUCAGCGGAACUGGACAGAGUAACAUGACAAUGGUUAACGUCAGGGCAAUCGUCAGCUUCUCGGGCAAACCGCUGGUGAAGAAUGGGGAGACCUACCUGGACGUUACCGAUCUGAAAAUAACGAUGAAGCCGGAGUCCAGCCACUACCAUUUCAGUAAUCUGUUCAAUGGGGACAAGGCGCUGGGUGACAACAUGAAUGUCUUCCUCAACGAAAACUCGGAGGCCAUUUACAAGGAGACGGCCAAAGCAAUCGACCGAUCCUUUGGCAAACUUUACCUGGGCGUCGUCAAAGGUGUGUUCUCCAAACUGCCGUAUGCCAAGUUUUUUGCGGAUGAAUCGUGAGUUAGCUCUUCAAAGUGGGCAGAGUCCACAUAAAGAUACUAGAUCAUGUUGUUUGCGUACUGACAGAUCUAAGUUUUGAGGCUAGCAAUCAUCAUUAGGUUUAAUGGAGUUCGUGUUUCGCGUUUGAAAGUGAGAACACAAGUAACUACUAUUAAGCCAUCUCAGCUAAAUAAUCUGUAAGUGUUGUGUGGCAAUAAAAGUUACAUAUAUGUAGUUAGCACAUUGUAAAUUAUUUAUAAGUGAUACAAAGAAUUCUGUAAAAUACCAUAAAAACAUUUAAAACUAUGACCCAUUAUUAAUUAAGUUACAGUGAGUGGAACCCUAUAGAUCAGGUUGAUCCAAAAGAUGAAGGACCGCCUGAAAGUAUGUGUUAUUCGCGCGCGGAGAUUCCGAAAGGCAGGGAAUAUCUGUAACUGGAAAAGGCAGUUACAUUAAAAAAAAGCUUGAUAAACAAUCUUUGUUGACUUAGCCAUUAAUUAGACGUUGAAACGGG